GGCUAUGAAGCAGCGGCUACUCGGAGAGAAGAGGCCGGCGCUGUGCGGAGACCGGCGGUCCCUAGGCUGAGUGAGCUUCCCUCCUGCCGCCGGGGGUGCAGAGGCAGCGGGGCAGCGCGACUCCCCAAGAACCGGCGGCUGCCUGGAGGUGGCCUCCCCGGUGCAAUCAUGCGGCCGGCCGGGUGGCUGCCGGGCCUGCUCUGGCAGCUGUCGCUUUUCAUCAGCGGCUCCUGGGAAGUUCACUUUCAUCCCAAACAAGAAGCCCUGGUGAGGACAUUGGCCUCCUACGAAGUGGUGACCCCCACGCGGGUCAAUGAGUUUGGCGAAGUGUUCCCGCAGAAUCACCACUUUAGCAGAAAAAAGCGCAGCUCGGGGGCCCUGGAGCCCACCCCAUUCCGAACCCACUACAGAAUCCGAGCUUACGAGCAGCUCUUCCAUCUCAACCUGAGCGCCAAUGCAGACUUUCUGGCUGCCACUUACACCGAAGUGCACUUGGGAGCUUCUGCUCCAGGAGCCCAGGGAAGCAGAGAGACACCCACUGACUUGCGCCACUGCUUCUACCGGGGCCAGGUCAACGCUCAGGAGGAGAACACGGCCGUCUUUAGCCUCUGUGGGGGCCUGAUGGGUACAUUUAAAGCAAAUGAUGGUGAAUAUUUCCUGGAACCUAUAAUGAAAGCAGAUGGGAGUGAACAUGAAGAUGAUCACAACAAGCCACAUCUUAUAUAUAGACAAGAAUUAAAGAACAAUAUUUUUCUACAAUCUCACAAGCCUUGUGAUGUUUCAGAACUCAGGGCAAAAAAGACCAGUUUAUCUUCUCAUAACUACAGCAACAUGAAUGGAUAUCUUAAUAUUAAUGAGGAUAUAGUAUUUGAACACUCUUCAAGAAAUACAUCCUUUGAAGAUGGAGGAAGCCAGUUACAUUCCAGGAAAAAACGCUUUUUAUCAUAUCCAAGAUAUGUGGAAGUUAUGGUUACAGCUGAUGCUAAAAUGUUUCAGCAUCAUGGACAAAAUCUACAGCAUUAUGUUCUAACUCUAAUGUCAAUUGUUGCAGCAAUCUAUAAGGACUCAAGUAUUGGAAAUCUUAUAAACAUUAUAAUUGUGAAAUUGGUUGUAAUUCAUAAUGAUCAGGAAGGACCAGUCAUCAACUUUAACGCUGCUACUACAUUGCACAACUUUUGUUCAUGGCAACAAAGUCAGAAUAUCCUCGAUGAUGCUCACCCUUCCCACCAUGAUACUGCUGUUCUUAUCACUAGGGAAGACAUUUGUGGAGCUAGAGAGAAAUGUGACACAUUAGGUUUAGCAGAAUUAGGAACCAUAUGUGAUCCUUUACGAAGCUGCUCUGUUAGUGAAGAAAAUGGACUCAGCGCUGCCUUUACCAUAGCCCAUGAACUUGGGCACGUGUUUAAUGUUCCACAUGAUGAUAGUUUUAAGUGUAAGGAAUCUGGAAUUAAGAAUGACUAUCAUGUAAUGGCUCCAACUUUAAAUUAUCACACAAAUCCUUGGACCUGGUCAAAAUGUAGUCAGAAAUAUAUCACUGAAUUUCUUGAUACUGGCCAUGGAGAAUGCCUUCUUGACACACCGAAUGGAAGAGUAUAUGAUCUGUCUUCUCAGCUUCCUGGAUUGAUAUAUGAUGUAAAUAAGCAAUGUGAACUUAUGUUUGGUCCUGGAUCACACGUAUGUCCUUAUUUGAAACAAUGCAGACGUCUCUGGUGCAUGAGUGCAGAAGGUGUUCAUAAGGGCUGUCGCACUCAACACAUGCCAUUGGCUGAUGGAACAAAUUGUGGUCCUGGGAUGCAUUGCCACCAUGGGCUAUGUGUGAACAAAGAAAUGGAAAAACGUCCUGUAGAUGGUGAAUGGGGACCAUGGGGACCUUACAGUACUUGUUCAAGGACAUGUGGAGGUGGAAUCAAAAGCACAACUAGACUCUGUGAUCACCCUGAACCAAGAAAUGGAGGAAAUUACUGUGUGGGCCGUAGGAUGAAAUUCCGGUCUUGUAACACGGAUUCAUGUCCAAAAGGCAAGCAAGAUUUUCGUGAGAAGCAGUGUUCUGAUUUUGAUGGCAAACAUUUCAACAUCAACGGUCUUUCCCCCAAUGUGAGGUGGCUUCCAAAGUAUAGUGGGAUUGCUGUAAAAGAUCGCUGUAAACUCUAUUGUAGAGUUGCUGGAACCACUGACUUCUACCAGUUGAAGGAUAAAGUAGCUGACGGUACUCCUUGUGGAGAAGAAACCAAUGACAUCUGUGUUCAAGGCCUAUGUCGACAAGCCGGCUGUGAUCAUGUGUUAAAUUCAAAGGCCAGGAGAGAUAAGUGUGGAGUAUGCGGUGGAGAUAACUCCUCAUGCAGAACAGUGUCUGGUGUCUUCAACAGUGCUCAUUAUGGUUAUAAUGUCAUUGUAAAGAUUCCCACUGGAGCAACCAAUGUUGACAUUCUCCAGCACAGCUAUUCUGGAAAACCAGAAGAUGACAAUUACCUUGCAUUAUCUGACACACAAGGGAAUUUUCUUUUGAAUGGAAAUUUUGUUGUAAGUAUGUCAAAAAAAGAAAUCAACAUACAAGGAGCUAUUUUUGAAUACAGUGGUUCAAACAACUCAAUUGAAAGAAUUAAUAGUACUAAUAGACUGGAAGAUGAGCUUGUUGUGCAGGUUUUGUGUGUGGGUAAUUUACACAACCCUGAUGUACAUUAUUCCUUCAAUAUUCCUAUGGAAGAAAGGAGUGACCUGUUCAAGUGGGAUCCAUAUGGACCAUGGCAAGACUGUUCUAAAAUGUGUCAAGGUCUUCAUAGAAGAAAAAUUACCUGCAUACGCAAGAGUGAUCAUGUGAUAGUAUCUGAUCAAAGAUGUGAACACAUGCCACUUCCAUUGUCUGUGACAGAAAAUUGCAAUGUAGAUUGUGAACUAAGGUGGCACAUCAUUGGCAAAAGUGAAUGCUCAUCCUAUUGCGGUCAAGGCUAUAGAUCUUUAGAUGUUCACUGCAUGAAGUAUUCUAUUCAUAAAGGACAGACUGUUCCCGUAGAUGACCACUACUGUAGUGACCAAAUUAAACCUCCUACCCGAGAACAAUGUCACGGUGACUGUGUCUUAAAAAGGUGGCACUAUUCAGAAUGGUCCCAGUGUUCAAAGACUUGUGGAGGAGGGGAAAGGUCUCGAAAAUCUUACUGCAUCAAUAACUUUGGCCACCGGCUUGUGGACAGAGAAUGUCAAGGUCUUCUCCAAAUAACAACAGAGAAUUGCAAUAAAAUUCCCUGUCCCACUUGGGCCACUAGUGAGUGGAGUGAGUGUCUUGUUACAUGUGGCAAAGGAAUGAAGCAGCGACAGGUAUGGUGUCAAUUAAAUGAAGAAACUUUUAAUGAUGCCUUCUGUAAUCCAACCACCAAGCCCGAUUCUCUGAGAUCCUGUGAGCUUCGAUCAUGUGGUACCUGGAAUGUAGGAUCAUGGGGUUCUUGCUCAGUCACAUGUGGACAUGGAUAUCAGACGCGUGCUGUUGAAUGUGUGAAUGAUCAGUUUAGUCUGGUGUUAGAUGAAAAAAUGUGCCAUGAAGCAAGUCGCCCAAAAGACAGACAGGACUGUUUAGUUACACCUUGCUCAGUUAUGCCUAAAAUUGGGGCUACUUCAUUACCAGCAGUUCCCAUUCAAAAUAUGGCACAAUGGCGACAUGGUUCUUGGACCCCAUGUUCCGUUUCUUGUGGAAGAGGUAACCAAGCCCGUUAUGUAAGCUGCCGUGAUGCUCAUGGUGAAAGAGCAGAUGAAUCAUAUUGUGCUUAUUUACCCCGACCUGCUGAAAUAUCUGACUGUUUUAGCUAUUGUGGAGAGUGGCAAACUGGAAAUUGGUCACCUUGUUCAGCUUCCUGUGGCCAUGGAAAAACAACUCGACACGUUCUAUGCAUCAACUAUCAUCAGCCAAUUAAUGAGAAUUACUGUGACCCUGAAGGUCGUCCUUUGACAGAACAAGAAUGUCACCUGGCAGCCUGCCCGCCCAUCUACAGCCACUUCCCAAGUUCUGAGCAGCCUAACCAUUAUCCAAGCAGGAAUUUCCCAUUAAUUCCUAAACCAGAAGACAAUCAAAAUCAAGGAAUUUAUUCAGCAAUUAGAGGAAACCAAUGGAGAACAGGACCGUGGGGAUCGUGCUCUAGUAGUUGUGCUAGAGGUUUUCAACGUAGAGUUGUGGUUUGCCAGGAUGAGAAUGGACAGAGUGCUAGUUACUGUGAUCCUGCUUCUAAGCCCCCAGAAUCAAGGCACUGUGAGUUGGAACCUUGUCCGCAAUGGAACUAUGGAAGUUGGGGAGAAUGUACACAGUCAUGUGGAGGAGGCACAAAGUCAAGAUUUGUAAUAUGUCAGUUUCCCAAUGGCCAAAUAUCACAAGAGCAAAACUGUGAAAUCCUAAAUAAGCCACCAAGUGUGAUACAAUGUCAUAUGCAUGCUUGCCCUGAUGAUGUAUCAUGGCAUCGGGGACCGUGGAAAUUGUGCUCAGUUUCUUGUGGGAAAGGUUUAAAGUAUCGCGAAGUAUUUUGCACUGACCAAUUCCAUGGAAAAUUAGAAGAAAAAUAUUGCAGUCAUUUAAGAAAACCUCGAAUGCAGAAAGCUUGUAGAUCUGUCAGAUGUCCAUCAUGGAAAGCCAAUAGAUGGAAGGAGUGCUCUGUGACCUGCGGCUCCGGAGUUCAGCAAAGGGAUGUCUACUGCAGACUAAGAGGCAUUGGUCGAGUGUCUGAAGAAAUGUGUGAUAGGUCCACUCGGCCUUAUUUUCAGAGGCAUUGUUGGAAUCAAGACUGUAUGCAGUACCACUGGGUGGCAGAGGAGUGGCUGGAGUGUUCGACAUCAUGUAAGAAAAGGGAGACGUAUCGGCAAGUGAAGUGCAUGGAUGCACAGAACAUUCAAGUGAAUGAAAGUUUUUGUGCUCCUUCAACCAGACCUCCUUCAGUUAAAAAAUGCAGUCCCUGCAAAUAUAUUGUGGUAACUGGGGAUUCGUCACAGUGUGCAGGUAUCUGUGGAUUUGACUACCAACAGAAGAUUACUUACUGCAUUCCAAUUCUAUCUACUGAGAAACAUAAGCUUCAUCAACUUUGGCCUGUAGAGUAUCAAGAAUGCCCCGUGUUACCUUCCCCUCAGACUUACAAAUGCAAUUUUAGGAGCUGUUUGCAUACGGCCACUUGGAAAGUUGGAAAAUGGAGCAAGUGCUCAGUGACUUGUGGUGUUGGGAUAAUGGAGAGAAAAGUAGAAUGCAUGGCUGAAAAUGGCUUUUCCAGUGACUUAUGUUUAAAGGGUUUAAAACCUGAUGCUCAGAAGAAAUGUUUUGCCAAUAACUGUAAGACAUUUAUAAACUGCAAGGAAGUUCAAAUAAAAAACAACAUUACCAAGGAUGGUGAUUAUUAUCUUAAUAUUAAGGGAAGGCUAAUAAAGAUCUAUUGUGCAGAUAUGCAUUUGGAGAAUCCCAGAGAAUAUAUAUCAUUAAUCAAAACUGAAGACAACUUUUCAGAAGUAUAUGGUUUUAGAUUAAAAAAUCCAUAUGAAUGCCCUUUUAAUGGAAGCAGGAGGCAAGACUGUGAGUGUAAAAAUGACUAUCAGGCUGCUGGCUUUACUGUUUUUAGGAAAAUAAGAAUUGAUCUUACUUCUAUGCAAAUAGAAACCAUGGACCUUCUUUUUGCCGAAACAAUAUUUGGAAAAGCAGUGCCAUUUGCCACAGCUGGAGAUUGUUAUAGUGCUGCCAGAUGCCCACAGGGACAAUUCAGUAUUAACUUAUUAGGAACUGGAAUGAAGAUAUCUAGCACAGCAAAGUGGCUUGCUCAAGGAAACUAUGCCUCUGUCAUCAUACACAGAUCACAGGAUGGAACCAAAGUCUAUGGAAGAUGUGGAGGAUUCUGUGGAAAGUGUAAUCCUCACAUGACUACAGGUCUUGAAGUUCAAGUAAUAUGAACAUUAGAUGUGGAAAUAUACCCCAAAGAUGAAAUAAUCUCUGGAACCUCCCGAUCACUGGUGCUUAUCACUUUAAUCUCCUAAUAUUUUACAUGCAAAAUCUUUGUACUUUUUUUUCAGGGUUCUCUUCAUGAAUUCAUUUUUUCAUUUAAUUUUUCAUUGUCUUAAUACAAACUUGAAUGACUCAAGUUGGUAUAUUUUUAAAUGUAUAGUAUUUUAUAUUAUAUCUAUUAAAUUACUUAUACCAAAAUAUU